GCGGCUCCUUCAUAAGCGGCAGUUCGCGGGUCGAACCGCAUUCAUUGAUCCGGACCCGGAGGAGCGACCAUGGCCAGGACCAAGCAGACCGCCCGUAAGUCUACCGGAGGAAAGGCGCCCAGGAAGCAGCUGGCGACCAAAGCUGCCCGUAAGAGCGCCCCCGCCACCGGCGGCGUGAAGAAGCCUCACCGCUACAGGCCCGGUACCGUGGCUCUGCGAGAGAUCCGCCGCUACCAGAAGUCCACCGAGCUGCUGAUCCGCAAGCUGCCCUUCCAGCGCCUCGUCAGGGAGAUCGCUCAGGACUUUAAGACCGACCUGCGCUUCCAGAGCUCCGCGGUCAUGGCUCUGCAGGAGGCCAGCGAGGCUUACCUGGUCGGACUGUUCGAGGACA